AUGGCGGAGCAGGCGCCGGUCCGGCCCUGUAGGCCGCCCCUGCCCCUUCCCGCCGCCGGACUCUCGCCCCACCACCACCCGACCUACGUGGUCCAAAUCCGCAAGGAUCAAAUCUACCGCGUGCCGCCGGCGGAGAACGCCGCCCUCGUCGAGCACUACGUCAACCAGGAAAAUUUUCGCCGCCAACGCCAUUGCCGCUUCCUCGGCUUCCUGGAACGCCUACUCCCCGUCUUGCUCCCCUUGCUCCUCGUCACCGCCACCGUCGUUGCGUUCUUCGCGGCCGUCAAUCCAAGCACUCCCACGUUCGUGAUCAAGUCCCUCGCCAUCAAGAACGUCUCGCGGUCAGUAACAGAGUAUGAUUUCGCGGUGAGCGUCAGCAACCCAAGUAACAGAAUCGGCUUGGCCUAUGCCGGCGGCGGUCGUGUUGCCGCCUGCCACGACGGAAAAGAAAUCGCCACCGGGGAGACCUCGGGGUUCUACCAAACGCACGGGAAGUCGACGGACCUCGAAGUGGUUCUUCGUGGCUCAAACAAAGCCCUGAAAGCAUCCGAGAAAGGUCUUCGGAUCGAGCUGGUGGCUAAUUUCUCGGUGAAUCCAAAAGUUGGAGGCCUGGAGUUGUGGCGUAGGAGCUUGGCGGUGAAUUGUGAUGUUAAAGUUACAGAGCUAGACAAGAACAAGAAGGUGCGCAUCUCCUCACAAGACUGCAGCAGCAAGCUUCAUUCUUGA